AGUAAAAAAAAAAAUACUAAAAAGAAAAUUGUAGCGCUGGUCAGGCAGAAGCAGUUGAGUGAUCGUGGAUGUUUGUCCCAGAUGAGUCGAGCACAGAUGUCAUCGUACGUAAUUCACACGAGGAGGAACUAUGGCGAAUGACAAGGAUCCCCUGAGUCAGCUGAAGGAUCUGGCACAGCUCAAAGAUCAACUCGCAGAUAUUCAGAAAAGAGUGGAGAACGAAGUGCAGGUUGGGAUACCACAGGGUGGCUCACUGUUAGCCUCUCCGUUCCUGAAGGGCUUCCUGGCUGGCUAUGUGGUGUCCAAAUUACGCGCCUCGGCCGUCUUGGGGGUCGCUUUGGGAACUCUUACGGGCAUCUACGCUGCACAGACCUAUCAGGUGCCGGACAUCGAGAGGACCAUAAAGGACUAUCUGAACUCUUUGAAGAAAGGCCCUAAUAAUUAACACAGUGAAAGAGAGAAGGAAUCGUGAAGCAGCCUGAAACGCAAUCAAAGAAAAGUUCACUUAUGGUCUAAUUUAAUAUUUGAGUUCCGUAGUUGUCUGGACAAAUCAUGGCUAAGAGUCUGAACAGGAAAUGAAAACUGACAACUAGUUGAAGUGGCUGCUGUUUGUUUUUAUAUUACACUACGAAAGAGUUAGUUUUUAGUUAAUUCUAAAUUUUGUCCUGAGAGCUGUCUGCUUGUUGUCUGCUUGCCAUAAAGGUUUAAUCCUGUCCAGCUUUUAUUAUUCAUUAUAAUCAGUUCAAAUUUAAAACACAAGGUACAAGUUUAGAUUUUAU